UAGGCCAGUCUACUUUGCAGAGAAGUAGACUAAUACAAUGUUAUGUUACUGAAAUGGCGGGUGCUAAACCAGCCGUUCAUGUCGUUCAGUUAAAGACAAUUCAAGUGCCGGAGUUAUUAGUGAAAGGGAAUAAAUUCAUAAAAUGGGACGACAGUUCAACAAUCGGUGUGCCGGUGACGCUGCGGGUGGAUCCGAAGGGUUACUUCCUGUACUGGCGGGACCAGAACAAGGAUAUGGAUGCCUUGGACAUCUCAUACAUAAGAGACACACGGACAGGCAAACAGGCAAAGGUUCCGAAGAUGGACAAGCUGCGGGAGACAUGUUCUAUCGGACCGUCUGACAUUCCACUGGAAGACAAAACAGUUACCAUUGCCUAUGGCAACGACAUGGUCAACGUGGAAUUCAUCAACUUUGUUUGUGCCAGCAGGGAGCUGGCUGCACUGUUAUGUGAGGAGCUACUCAAGUAUGCAAACAACCUUCUGGCUCUGAACGGCAGCUGCCUCACGUUCCUGGACAAGGCCCACACCCGCCUCACCCAUGUCCUUGACGUCAACGGCAAAAUACCAGUGAAAAACAUCAUCAAGAUGAUCUCGAAGGACAACAAGGAGGAUCGGCGCCGUAUAGAGAAGGCACUGGAGGCCAUGGGGUUCAAGGCUUCAAAGACGGACACAAUAGACCCAAACAAAUUCACAUUCGAUGAUUUCUUUACUUUCUACCGACAUCUUCUUGGCAGGACCGAAGUAGACCAAGUGUUUGAGGAAAUUGGAGCAAAGAAGAAACCUUAUCUUACUUCCGAACAGUUUGUGAAAUUUCUAAAUGACACACAACGUGAUCCACGUUUAAAUGAGAUACUGUACCCCUACUUCACAUCCAAGCAAGCCCUGGACCUGAUCCACACAUACGAAACCAAGCCAAACAUGUCUGCUAAAGGUCACUUCUCACAAGAGGGUUUCCUGAAAUUCCUGAUGAGUGAGGACAACAACCUGAUCCCAGCCCAGUCCCUUGACCUCUCGCAGGACAUGGGCCAGCCUCUCUCACACUACUUCAUAAACUCAUCUCACAACACCUACCUCACAGGUCACCAGUUAACUGGAAAGUCAUCUGUAGAGAUUUACAGCCAGGUGCUGCUGAGUGGGUGUAGGUGUAUCGAGCUUGACUGCUGGGAUGGCAAGGCCGCAGACGAGGAGCCCAUGAUCACACAUGGCUUCACUAUGUGCACAGAGAUCCCAUUUAAGGAUGUGAUAGAAGCAAUAGCAGUUAGUGCCUUCAAGACUUCAGAGUACCCUGUCAUACUCUCCUUUGAAAACCACUGCAGCCAAAAGCAGCAGGCAAAGAUGGCUGCCUACUGUAGGAAUAUCUUCGGAGAUAUGCUGUUAGUUGAUCCAUUGGAGGGUUUUCCAAUUGAGCCAGGGUAUCCACUGCCAAGUCCCGAGUUACUGAAAAGAAAAAUCAUUGUCAAAAACAGGAAAAAACAUUUCCACAAAAAGCAACAGCAGAAUAACACCCAACAGAAGGCACCAACCCAGCGCAUAAACAGGAAACAGAACUCUGUGAGUGAGGACAUGUCUGCGUCACUGACUGGCUCCCUGGCCGCAGGGGACGAUGGGAGCGGCGCGGGUGUGGUAGUAGCAGUGAAGCUGGGACAGCCUGACAGCGUGGAGGGGCCUGACGAGCCAGUGGAUGAGGAGGAGAGCGAAUCAUCCGAGAGUGACGAUGAUGACGAGGUGACAGGGCUCACAGAGGAGGAGGAGAGGGAGCGUAAACGCAGGAUACAGGAGCGGUUAAAACAAGAGAAGGGUACAGCAGGUUCAGAAGCUGAGGCUGGGAUGGAAAUGUCUGCCCUCGUCAACUAUGUGCAGCCUGUGCACUUCCACUCAUUUGAUAUGUCCGAGAAAAAGGGGCGAGCAUACGAGAUAUCUUCAUUUGUGGAGACGCAGGCAACUAACCUGCUGAAGGAAUAUCCCGUCGAGUUUGUCAAAUACAACAAAAAACAACUGAUAAGAAUUUACCCGAGAGCUACAAGAUUUAAUUCCACGAAUUUUAUGCCGCAGAUUUUCUGGAAUGCUGGUUGUCAACUAGUGGCCCUAAAUUUUCAAACUCUGGACCUAGCCAUGCAGCUUAACCUGGGUAUAUUUGAGUACAACAACCGGUCAGGCUACAUUCUCAAGCCAGACUUCAUGAGAAGACUGGACAAACACUUUGACCCAUUUGCUGAGUCUGUGGUGGAUGGCAUUGUGGCUGGAACCGUUACAUUCAAGGUGAUAGCCGGCCAGUUCCUAUCAGACAAGAAGGUUGGAACAUACGUGGAGGUGGACAUGUUCGGGUUGCCGACAGAUACACACAGGAAAAAAUUCCGUACACGCACUGUCCCCAACAACGGCAUCAACCCUGUUUAUGAUGAACCACCUUUUGUGUUCAAAAAGGUAGUACUGCCAAACCUUGCUGUGAUUCGUAUUGGGGUGUACGAGGAGACGGGGAAGAUGAUUGGCCACCGUGUUCUCUCUGUUGAGUCACUCAGGCCUGGUUACCGACAUGUGAAUUUGCGCAAUGAGUGUAACCAGCCCCUCCUGUUGCCCAGCCUGUUUGUACAUAUAUCCGUCAAGGACUACGUCAUGGACAUGCAUGCAGAUUUUGCGGAAGCAUUGGCUGACCCUAUGAAGCACCUGAGCAAGAUGACGAAACACAAGAUGCAGCUCGAGGUGUUCACUGAUGACGAGGGAGAGCCGGUCAGUACGCCCGCGACUAAUGGCAAUGAGGAGGAGUCGGAGAAGAAAGUGAGCCAGUCUACUGAGGAGCCUCCUUUCAACCCUCCACCACGCGUGAACAGGAACGGCAGCUUACCCAAUGUCUUCAACAAUGGUGUUAAUGAGGCCCCUCGAUUGACACGGACACCAUCCAACCCACACUCGACCGUGAUGAAGAAGGACAGUGCAUUCUCUAACAGCUCCGACAACUCAGGAAGCAUGAACCUUAGAUCUAGAUUCAGUGAACCCGACCUGUUGAUUCCAACGCCGUUGUCAAAGCUUAAAGAAGAGAAAGCAGUGUUUAAGAUGAUCAGCAAACGAGACAAGGACCUUGAGUUACUCAAAAAGAAACACGAAAAGGCCCAAGAUAGUAUGCGGGAGAUCCAUGCGGUGCGGGAGGAGAAACUACAACAGCAGCAGCUCAAGGAGAGGGCCGCGCUCGAGAAGGCCCACCAGAAACUCAUGAAGAAGGCGGGGAAGUCUGGCACAGUGUCACAGGUGCAGACAGACAAUGACGAGAAACUCUCCAAACUCCUGCAGGACCAUGAAGAACAGUUGAAGGGGUUACGGAAGAGCCAUGCAGAGGUAUACGUUGCCAUGUGCCGGGACCAGUUUCAGGCGGAGCUUGAAGUACACAUGAAGCACAGUGGCCCGAUAUAUGACACACUCCAAACCGUCAUGGACCAAGACCAUAGAGACCAUGAACAGAGAUUCAAGGCUAUCCAUGAUCACGAGGUGAAGGAACUCACUAAGCGGAUGGAGGUCCAGACCAAGGAGGAGAUGAGGGCCCUACAGAAAAAAUCCAAGGACAAACAGGCUUUUAGCAGGUUAAAAAGAGAAAACCAGAAGAGGCACAUAGACACUGUUGUCAGUGAAAGGCAAAAGUUGAAAGAAAUUUUGGAGAACCGCCUGGAUGAUUUGAAGAAAAGACACGAUGUGAUUAAGGAAGAAUUAACAUCCGACAAAAAAUCUACUGAACAGCAGUACAGUGAACAGUUCACAGCCAAGUAUUGUCGCAUACAGGACCAGUUUCGCUCCCUACUGGAGGUGGACAUCUCCAUUACCCAGCCAACCUCCAAUGUUGAAAAUCUUUCUCAUAAAGAAAACAACUAAGGUAUGAUACCAAAUAUUUUGUUUCUGCAAAGCUAUGAAGUAUAUUCAGAAAAGUGAUACAGAGCUUUACUUAAAUGAUGAACAUUGCCCAGAAAAUUGUAACCAUGACAGCUGUGGAAACUCCAUGCAUCUCCAUGGCUACCAGUCAAGAAAGACUUCUUAGUUUCAGUAUACAUGUACCUGCUAUCUCCACCCUAACAUAAGUGCAAUAGACUGUGUACACAUGUGGGCAAUGAUAUUUGGGAAGUUGCAAUACACAACAUAUCACAGCGUUUGGUGUAAUCUUGCACAUAUCAUUCAAAUAUACUGAUAAGUGCAAUACACAUAAUUGUAUAUCUGGUAAAAGACAUCAUGUUUGAAAUCUGCUUUGGCUUUUUCAUUCAAAUUUUUGGCCUUUUUUUCAAUUUAAGUUUAAAGGUAAGUAUAGGGAUGUUCCCUGUUUUUCUUAAUGAAAGCUCAGAUUAACCCAUACAUGCCAUAUUUUCUGGAGACCAUUCAGGGGGAUUUGUUCAAAAGUCUGAAAAUUCAGGGGGAUUUUGGUAGUAUUCAGGGGGAUUUUUUAGCAGAUCUAAUUUGGCAAAAUUUCGAAGUAUUUUAAGACGCAAGUACGAAAAAACAACAAAUUGCCAUAAUUUUGAAAGGCUCCCGAGGGAUUAUGUCCACAAUUUAAGGGGAUUUUGGUCACAUACCAGGGGUUUUUCAUCAUCGCCAUGUAGCAUUACGGGCAUGACACACAUGCCAAUUCACCUUGUUUACCCCUUUUUCCAGCACUUCAUCUAUAUUUUUAUAAGACACAACCAUAUUGCAUAAUAAAAUCACUCACUUGCAAAAUAGAAUACUUCACAGAAACAAUUUAAUGUGCUUACCUUCCUCUAAAAUUGGAUACAAAAUUUGCAGCCUAUGAUCAUAAAUGAUGACUUUCAGACUAAUAGAGAGAAUGGAAUGAAUUAUCAAUAUUUUUCAUUUCAAUUCCCAAAUAGUCAGAAUUGUUUGCUUCUGAUAAAAAGCAAACGCAUAAUUUAUUAAGUUCAUAAACAUAUCUUCUUUUGGCAUUCAGAAAAAAACAAACAAAAAAAACAACAUCACCAUAAUAAAUAAAUAAAAGUCAUUUCAUCCGAAUUGUCUACUUUCAGUUUCUCUUCUGGAAGUUCUGUUAUUUUCCGAUAUUUGCGAUGAAGGUCAAUGUCAUGUAUAUAAACAUAUUAGUGAGGCAUAACAAAGAACAGCAUUGUCUAUUAGUUAUUUUAAUCCUUUUCUUUACUGAAUAAUUUACAGUCACCUUUAAAUUAUUAAUUCUUUUGAUGACAAUGACACAUGUUAUGAAGAACGUUUUAAUUUGUUACAUCCUCUCUUAUUGGAUAAAAAUUAUAGUUUUAACCAAUGAAAAUCGACCUUUUAUCUGACCAGUCUAAUUGACAUUUCUUACGCAAAUUCUGUCAGUUUCAAUCAAAACAAUGCAUGAAAUGUGCCCUGCUGAUUUAUUAAGUGUCACCCAAUAGGUGUUGUUAAAACACACCAUCAGUUGAUAAUCCAAUUAAGCUUCAGGGCAGGAAGGGCAUUAUAACUGUAAACAGGCAUAUAUAAUUAAACCCUGUGAUAAAUUUGCGUAAUUUUAAACACUUUUUAAUUCCGGGGGAUUUUCAUCCCCCUCCGGGAGACCGGGGGAUGGGUCGAAAUUCCGGGGGAUUUUAUCCCCCUCCGGGGGAUAUGGCAUGUAUGGAUUAACCACUCAGUAAAAUGGUGCCUGGAGUUUCCACAGAAUCGGACCUUUUCCACUGUAUAACAUUCCAAAUAACCAGAGCUUGGCGUAACAUUACAACCAUUAUAUUCCACCAAGUAUUUGUGUACAUUAAAAUGUUGGCUUUAUUAUCUAGGUCUCUAGUUCUCUCUGUAUCUCACGAAAACAUUUUAUUUUCACCAGUUUUGAACAUGACAAAUCUAUGCUGUUGCUGAUACAUUAUGGUAAUAUAUUUAGAUGGUAAUAUAUUUAGGAUGGAAUUUUAUUAUUGCAUGUCAAGUUAACUGACAUUAAAUUGAUGUAUAUGUUAUUCAUUUGUUGAUUUUUUAAGUAUGUCAUUAUAGAGACGUCAUAUCUUUUAUUUCGAAGAUCUGCAUUGUUAAGUUCGUCCUGACACAAGUUAUUCUACGUAUAUGUAGUUAUAAUGUUUUUGUACUCUAUGCAUUUAUAUCCUUCAUUUUUGUCCAUACCAUGUGAGUCAUUUCAAACAAUCAUUCAUCGUUGGCACCCAUAGUACACAUUCUGCUAACACUGAGCAGGUACCCCGGGAUAUUUGACUGGCAGAGGUUUUAGUGAAUUUUCAAUUAAAUGGAAAUGACAAAGAUUUGUGUUGAUGGAAAUGCUCAAAUCUAAGAUGCAAUAGAUUCUUGCAUUCCACCGGUAGGUGCGUUACUAACUGAGCUAUCAAGAAAUUUACUGUGCGUAUAUACAUUUUUUAUUUAUAUAUAUUUCUAUAUUGAAAAGGUUGCUUUUACUUUUAGAGCUAAAAUACCGAAAGGACUUUCUGAGAGUUAAAUCUCCAAGAUGAUUUUCUUGCUGAGAAAACAAGAUUUUGUCAGCUUAUUGUCCCAGGUUACAUGUUGAAGGAUAGAGCGUAUUUGAGUACUCUUGGUACCCGGCGAUGAUAACCACUGUGUUCAUUCAUAACAUCUAUUUGUCGAGAUUAAGGCAUUUAAAUGAUGCUAGGUUGUAGCCCAGACCUCAUGUUCAAUGUAUAAAGUGUUUUAUAAUCCUGCUGCUAUAUUGUUGGCCACUUUUUACCUUAACUGUUCUUAACAAAACCAUGACAUAACAUGACAACAGUUGUUUUAUUUGUCUAAACCUCCCUGUAUGUGGAGAAUCUCAUUUAUAUUUUAUUUGUAUUUACUUUACUAAGUGCUAUAUUAACAAAAAAACUUACAUUUUAAUCAUUUUCAAUACACCUAUCACAGAAAAUAAAUUGAUCUCUUCUGCAGGGAUGAACACCAGAGAAAUUCACUUAAAUCAACUUCUAAUCCCUGAUUCCUUGAUCUUGUGAUUUGAUAGGUUAGGGACAGUUUUGAAGUAGCACCACGAAAUAUAAUAUUAAGUGUCCAUGAAAGGUACAGAUCAUGUAUGAAAAUCAAGCAUUGACAUCGGCUUGAAAAUAGCUAUAUGUCUAGUUGGUGUCUCCUCUCUUUACAUAAGAUCUCGUGUGAUUUGCCUGGGUCUGAUAUGUUUUGUUUUAUGUAUUUACUAACAACAUUGUAACCAGAAACCAGAAAUAUUAAUCAGUUUUGUGAUACCUUCUUACCAGAUUUAUACUUGUUAAGCUUAUAUGUUGCUCUUCUUAAUAUCCUGUGUUACUGCAUAGACACUAACCUGACUCUGUUGUGCCAACUUCUAUGUACAUUGCAUAUGGCACUAAAUUAUUUUUCUUAAUUGUCAACAAUAAUGCUUCGAACUGACAGUACUUCACUUAAAUUGCAAGAGCAGAUGAUUCUAUAUUUAACACGAUAUUUUUAUAAGACGUUUUAUUGUUACUCUUCAUAAUGCUGACUGCAUUUUGCCUGUUGAUUUUCAGCCAAGCGUGGUGACUCCCUGUAUAUGACUGAUGUCUAUCAAGUGUAGUGUUACCGUGAACAUAGUGGAACAUUUACAGUUUCUAAAACAGCAGAUUUCCAUGAAAUUGCUGACAUAUGUAAUUUUUAACCUACAUUGUAUGUUAAUCAAACGGUUGUGUAACUUCUACCUGUACAUGUAGCUACCUGUACAAGUAAAAGUUGCCGCUGGCACUUAAAUUUGUUUGUGUAUCUCUUGUUCCAAGUGUUCCGUUUGGCUCUCUGAUUCUUGCAUUUAACACUUUCCUCCUGGUUUGUAGAUGCUACUACCAGUCAUACUCAUAUUUACAUGUGUUCUGGAUAUCCACUACACGUUUUACACUUGUACAAAGUCAACACUCUAUCACUCAAUAAGUAGUACAUGUGCACACAUACAAGUAGAUUACACAACAUUUCUAUUGUUUCAACACCUGCAAUACAUGUUACACAUCUCUCAUGAAUUUGUCAUUUGAUUUUGAUUAUACUCUGUGUUAUAUGUGUUGCCAGGUCUGCAAUAUUUGACUUGUGAAAGCAAAAGAUUAUAACAAAAAUAAUGAAGCAAAAACUGAAUGAUGUUAUGGUACACAUAUUUUGUAAUUUAUUAAUUCAUUUUUGAUGCUUUGAUGUAGGCAAACACAUACAUUUCAUUGUUGCCACUCUGAUUGAGGCAUGGGUGUCUAUAUACACAUAGGUUACAUUGUUCACGCUCUGACUGAGGCAAGGGUGUCUAUAUACACAUAGGUUACAUUGUUGGCGCUCUGAUUGAGGCAAGGGUAUCUAUAUACACAUAGGUUACAUUGUUGGCGCUCUGAUUGAGGCAAGGGUGUCUAUAUACACAUAGGUUACAUUGUUGGCGCUCUGAUUGAGGCAAGGGUGUCUAUAUACACAAUAGGUUACAUUGUUGGUGCUCUGAUUGAGGCAAGGGUGUCUAUAUACACAUAGGUUACAUUGUUGGCACUUUGAUUGAGGCAAGGGUGUCUAUAUACACAUAGGUUACAUUGUUGGCACUUUGAUUGAGGCAAGGGUGUCUAUAUACACAAUAGGUUACAUUGUUGGCAUUUUGAUUGAGGCAAGGGUGUCUAUAUACACAUAGGUUACAUUGUUGGCACUUUGAUUGAGGCAAGGGUGUCUAUAUACACAAUAGGUUACAUUGUUGCCGCUCUGAUUGAGGCAAGGGUGUCUAUAUACACAUAGGUUACAUUGUUGGCAUUUUGAUUGAGGCAACGGUGUCUAUAUACACAUAGGUUACAUUGUUGGCAUUUUGAUUGAGGCAAGGGUGUCUAUAUACACAUAGGUUACAUUGUUGGCACUUUGAUUGAGGCAAGGGUGUCUAUAUACACAUAGGUUACAUUGUUGGCACUUUGAUUGAGGCAAGGGUGUCUAUAUACACAUAGGUUACAUUGUUGGCGCUCUGAUUGAGGUCAGGAUGUCUAUAUACACAUAGGUUACAUUGUUGGCGCUCUGACUGAGGCAAGGGUGUCUAUAUACACAAUAGGCUACAUUGUUGGCGCUCUGAUUGAGGCAAGGGUGUCUAUAUACACAUAGGUUACAUUGUUGGCACUUUGACUGAGGCAAGGGUGUCUAUAUACACAAUAGGUUACAUUGUUGGCGCUCUGAUUGAGGCAAGGGUGUCUAUAUACACAUAGGUUACAUUGUUGGCACUUUGAUUGAGGCAAGGGUGUCUAUAUACACAUAGGUUACAUUGUUGGCACUUUGACUGAGGCAAGGGUGUCUAUAUACACAUAGGUUACAUUGUUGGCGCUCUGACUGAGGCAAGGGUGUCUAUAUACACAUAGGUUACAUUGUUGGCGCUCUGAUUGAGGCAAUGGUGUCUAUAUAUAUAUAGGUUACAUUGUUGGCGCUCUGACUGAGGCAAGGGUGUCUAUAUACACAUAGGUUACAUUGUUGGCACUCUGAUUGAGGCAAGGGUGUCUAUAUACACAUAGGUUACAUUGUUGGUGCUCUGAUUGAGGCAAGGGUGUCUAUAUACACAUAGGUUACAUUGUUGGCGCUCUGAUUGAGGCAAGGAUGUCUAUAUACACAUAGGUUACAUUGUUGGCGCUCUGAUUGAGGCAAGGGUGUCUAUAUACACAAUAGGUUACAUUGUUGGCAUUUUGAUUGAGGCAAGGGUGUCUAUAUACACAUAGGUUACAUUGUUGGCACUUUGAUUGAGGCAAGGGUGUCUAUAUACACAUAGGUUACAUUGUUGGCAUUUUGAUUGAGGCAAGGGUGUCUAUAUACACAUAGGUUAUAUUGUUGGCACUUUGAUUGAGGCAAGGGUGUCUAUAUACACAAUAGGUUACAUUGUUGGCAUUUUGAUUGAGGCAACGGUGUCUAUAUACACAUAGGUUACAUUGUUGGCAUUUUGAUUGAGGCAAGGGUGUCUAUAUACACAUAGGUUACAUUGUUGGCAUUUUGAUUGAGGCAAUGGUGUCUAUAUACACAAUAGGUUACAUUGUUGGCAUUUUGAUUGAGGCAACGGUGUCUAUAUACACAUAGGUUACAUUGUUGGCACUUUGAUUGAGGCAAUGGUGUCUAUAUACACAUAGGUUACAUUGUUGGCAUUUUGAUUGAGGCAAGGGUGUCUAUAUACACAUAGGUUACAUUGUUGGCACUUUGAUUGAGGCAAGGGUGUCUAUAUACACAUAGGUUACAUUGUUGGCACUUUGAUUGAGGCAAGGGUGUCUAUAUUCACAUAGGUUACAUUGUUGGCGCUCUGAUUGAGGCAAGGGUGUCUAUAUACACAUAGGUUACAUUGUUGGUGCUCUGAUGAAGGCAAGGGUGUCUAUAUACACAUAGGUUACAUUGUUUGUGCUCUGAUGAAGGCAAGGGUGUCUAUAUACAGGUAGGUUACAUUGUUGGCUCUCUGAUUGAGGCAAUGGUACCCAUAUGCACAUAAAUUGUAAUACAACACCAGGCCGUAUCAUGCUCUAGUAAACGACAUUAAUUAUCAGUGUAUUUGUUCUCAAGUAUUGACUUACAUAAGCUAAACAACCAUAGUGAGGCUUUUUAAAACCUACUAUGAACGUUUCUCAAAGUUUUUAUUGGAGAAACUAGUGACUGGGAGUAUUCACCAGCUUCAUAUUUUGUCAAUGUAUACAUUCAAAUGAUGCACAAUUACCUUUCAUUAUUCAGAUUCUAGGCAGUUGAUCCACUUAAUUUGCAAAUUCAAUCCAGGUUUUCAUUAUAUUCAGUGUUAAGAUUAUCUGUGCUUGACUUUUAAAUGAUCACCAUCAACUGCCCAUAAAGCAUCAUCUUGUCAACCAUAGCUAUGGUACAGAUGGUAUAUCUUCAAUUGCCCAUAAAGCAUCAUGUUGUCAACCAUAGCUAAGGUAGAGAUGGUAUAUCUUCAAUUGCCCAUAAAGCAUCAUCUUGUCACCCAUAGCCAAUGUAGAGAUAGUAUAUCUUCAAUUGCCCAUAAAGCAUCAUCUUGUCUGACAUAGCCAAGGUAGAGAUUGUAUAUCUUCAAAUGCCCAUAAAGCAUCAUCUUGUCACCCAUAGCCAAGGUAGAGAUGAUAUAUCUUCAAUUGCCCAUAAAGCAUCAUCUUUUCUGACAUAGCCAAGGCAGAGAUGGUAUAUCUUCAAUUGCCCAUAAAGCAUCAUCUUGUCUGACAUAGCCAAGGCAGAGAUGGUAUAUCUUCAAUUGCCCAUAAAGCAUCAUCUUGUCUGACAUAGCCAAGGCAGAGAUGGUAUAUCUUCAAUUGCCCAUAAAGCAUCAUCUUGUCUGACAUAGCCAAGGCAGAGAUGAUAUAUCUUCAAUUGCCCAUAAAGCAACAUCUUGUCUGACAUAGCCAAGGCAGAGAUGGUAUAUCUUCAAUUGCCCAUAAAGCAUCAUCUUGUCUGACAUAGCCUAGGUAGAGAUAGUAUAUCUUCAAUUGCCCAUAAAGCAUCAUCUUGUCUGACAUAGCCUAGGUAGAGAUGGUAUAUCUUCAAUUGCCCAUAAAGCAUCAUCUUGUCUGACAUAGCCUAGGUAGAGAUAGUAUAUCUUCAAUUGCCCAUAAAGCAUCAUCUUGUCUGACAUAGCCAGGGUAGAGAUAGUAUAUCUUCAAAUGCCCAUAAAGCAUCAUCUUGUCACCCAUAGCCAAGGUAGAGAUAGUAUAUCUUCAAUUGCCCAUAAAGCAUCAUCUUAUCUGACAUAGCCUAGGUAGAGAUAAAUAGACCAGGUCAUUGUUUGCCUCAUGUUUUCAUAACUAGAUAAACAAACCAUCACGUCAUGUAUUAAUGUUUUGUUGUCUGUAAAACCCUUCUCGGUCUUUCAUAUGGUUACGUCGUCAAAAUCAGUUCUCUUGUUUUGCAUUGGGUUUGCCUGCUUUUAUAUAAUAAAUGAUUAAAGAUUUGUUUUUAUUUUUAUCUAACAUUAUUUCACAUGAUGUCCGAUGAUGUUCAUUUAUGAUAAACAUUUAGCUGACUUUAAGACUCAUCUUUAUAUCUGGUAAUAGCAGGCAUGUUGAAGUGAAACAAAGGGGUGAUUUUGUACGGCCCUAUAGUUUGUAUGCAGUACAACAUUUCCUACAUGACACCACAAUGCAGGAAAUACAUUCUUUCAUUUGAAAUGUGUAUGUAUUCUAAAUCAUUAUGAUGAUUAUAUGUGGUAGAUUACUAUAGCCAAUAACAUGCACUAGGAGUAGUUAAUAUUACAUGGCACAUGGAUAUUGUUGUGUGUGUAUUGUUAUGAAGUAUAAAUAUAUGCCUGUGUUAUGUGUUUUGCUAAUGGCAACCCUAGUUGGUCUGAGAAAAAUUACUAGUUCUAUGUUUAUUGAUUUUUCUUAAUCAUUGUUACAAUUUAAAUGAAUUAAGUGUUCUUUUUCAUUUUAUACAACACUGGUGAGCAAUAGAUGACUUAUAAAGGAGGUUUAAAUUGAUAAGCUUAUGUUCUUGAAAAAUCAACCUAUUUUUAGAGAGUUUGAAGAAUCAUUGUUGCUAUGUACGAUCAGCCCAAUAGAAGCACAGCAACGUGAAUCUGUUCAGAUUUGUUAAAAAGGUAGUGUAUGUAAAUGUCUUAAUAUAAAUGUGUAUGUGUUAUGUGUUAUUAUAUAUGUAUAUGUGUAUGUAUACAUGACUUAUUAUAUAUAUGUAUGUGUGCGUAUGUUGGUUAUUAUUGUUAAUGAUGAUCUGUUGUUAUUAGGUUUGUGAUAAUAUGGUGCAGUGUAACCGUGUACAUCCUCGUACAUUUAGAUAUCUUCAUGGUCCCUGCGGCAUUUGUAAAUCAUCUUUUAAGGUAUUAAAUAUUAUUUCAUUUCUGCUAGUAGUGAUUUUUAAGAUAUAGGUAAUUACAGAUAAUAAAACCAUCUCUUUGAUGUUGAGCUCAAAUGUGUUAUUUUUCAUCCUUAUGUUUCUUUUUUUAUUGAAGUAAUAAAAUAUUGAUUUACAUUGCAAUAAAAUAGUGACGAAAGUAAUAGAAGAAAAUAUUGAAAUAUUUCUUGUGUGUUGUGUUAAGAGAGCGAGUAGCAUUAAGAUUCCAUUCAGGAAGCACAAUUGUUCAAAAUGCCUUUUUACGGAAUUUAAGCUCAGUUAAAAUAUAGUUUUGCAUUUAUUUUCAAUGAUUGUGAAACCAGAUACAGCACUACCAUUAGAAUUGUUGACACAAUGUUACACAGAAAAUUUACAGGCAAUAUCUUUAACGCAGAUACACAAAACCUCUAGAGUGAAUUUACAAAUGUCCCAGGAAUACAUUCUAUGUACGUUAGUUACUAUCGACUAAUUUAGUGUUAUUUCAUUUAAAGACUUUUAUUGUUUAUAUUUUUCUCUUUAUACCUAACAUUGUUUUUGUAGUGGACUAUUAGGAUUUUGUUUCGUUCAAACCCAUUAUUUGUGAUAAUGUACAUACGUUUACAACUAUUGAAUAUGCUAUUGUAUUUUGUAAAUAUUAAAGAUUAUAUGUAUA